AACAAUGGUCGCUGUCGCGUCUCAGGAGUGGCCAGAAUCCGCACCCAAACACAGGUUCAUCGCUCAGUAUCAUGCGUUAUGGGGCCUCGGAGACUUGAUGCGGAUGGGUACUUUAUCUGAGCGGAGAGAGCUGAUGGAAAGUAUGCUCCAGGAAGAUGUCAUGGGCUUGUGCAUCCGGCUUUUGCGACACCAGUUGUGUGUCAUGCAACAGUUGGCAGUCAAUGUUCUGCGUCUGCUGGCGGCGGAGUCCUUUCUAGGCGAAUGCAUCACCCCGUCUAUUGCUGCUGAGCUCAUGGAAGCCGUUUGCAUAUACACAUUCAUCGGACCAGACCGCACCGUUGAUCAGGUUCUCGAUCCUAUAACUUCAUGGCAAAGCCAGAUGAUGGUGGACAAAGCUGAUCUGAGCCCGGAACAGCGUGCCAAAUACUGUCCGCGAGUUUAUGCCAUUUGCCAGGAAAGCGCCGUGUGGAUCAUGCACGGUAUCCUGUGUACAUCGUCGCCCCAGCCACCCACGUUCUGUCUCGAAAUUCUCAAGAAAAGGCCGCAGAUCCUCGAUGAUCUCUUUGACUGUGCAAUUUUGAGCCGCCCCGCGUGCUACCCGGAGACCAAGAUCGUUCCGGUCACAUGUGAGACAAUAAUUCUACUUUUCCGAUGGCCAGACUACGUUGUCCCAGGGGCGCCCUCAGACAAGGCAUUCAAGGCACAGUCUUGGAAAGCUAUGUCUCAGGCGAUGGCUAUCCUCACGUCUCGCCUCGACUGGGUCGAGAAGCUCGUUGAAAUAUGGAUGCGCGCGCAGGAAGAGGACCUGCAAAAAGUUCGCACCCAGUGGAGAAGGGUGGGUUGCGAUUAUGGUGCGGCCGUCCAACCAAGUGAUGAUGACUUCAAAAGAGUCUUUGAGUCGCGUGGAGUCACACGCGCAUGCCUCCUUCGUCUGAUCACUACGCUCACGCACGCUGCCGACACCUGUGGCAUUUCCAACGCGCAGGUCGAGUCUCUCUUGCACAUGGCCUACCUUGGCUGUCACAAACCAGAUGAAUCUCUUUUCUCAAAACCUUUCGCUUCAGUCGAGAGCUUGCAAGAGAUCUUCAGCGUGCCCCCAUGGGCCACCCUCACAAAAACGACUGUGGCGAGCCCGUUUUCUGUCGCCCCCCAAUUUAUGCUCGGACCAACUGCACUUGUGCGCCUAUACACUGUGCUCGCGCAACGCAAGGCUCUUGAUGGCAUUCAGGCGCUGCGGAAGCCACUCCCCGGUCUUUCCACCUCGACGUCACUCAGACAAGUCCAGCAAAUUGCUCACCCAGAUAUCAUUUGCCGCGUCAUCAAAAUCUCGCAGCUGCGCUUGCGCGCGUGGCUGGAGGAGGGCCGCCAUAGGCUCGCAACACGGAGGAACAACGGCAACGACAUCAAUGAAGCAUGUGCCGUGUUUAUGGGCUCGGCGGAGUUGGCGGCAGCGCUGGUCGCGUUGGACACGCAUACUGAAGGGAUGUACGCUGCUGAGCUUCGUGGGGCCAGGCGGCAUCUUGUGAUUGCUUUGGGUAAUGCGUCGCAGAUGGCAAUGAACCUCAAGCAAUACCAGCGAGCGCUUCACCUCGCUUCGAGUGCGGUUAGUGCAGCAGAGAGUAUACCGGCAGAGGAAGGGCUAGACCCGGGGGUCGUGGUUAAGAACAAGCGGCGGAUAGACCAAGCCAAUGCCGGACUUCAACGUCGUCCAUAG